AUGAGUGAAGUUGAUGAUGAUAACAUUGUUUGCUCAAGUCCUUUAGUUUUGGACAACACAACUCUUUUGGACAGAGGAGAUGGAACGUUUGUAUAUCGUGAUCUUCUCUUUCAACUGUGCUCAAAGGAAGAACAAUAUUCCAAAAUGAUUCCACCAAACAACUGCUGGCCCGCAAGAAUAUUUGUUCAGAAACUAUUCACUGCGGCAAAUAGAAUGCACUUCAACGCAGUAACGACACACACCGCUGUCACUUUAUUAAAGCGUCUGUGUGUGAUAAGUCCCGAAUAUGUCCAGAAGCAAAAUCCCGAGACUAUAUGCUUUGUCUGUCUAUCGUUAUCAGCGAAGAUGUAUGAAAAGCGGAAAAGGUGGGUAAAAGAGUUAUACCGAGACACGUUAUUAGUAUGUUCCAAGCGAGAGUUUCGAGCAAAAGAGAUGGAAGUACUUCGAUUAGUAGAUUACCGGAUCGACCUUCCUGUACCGAUCCAAUACGUCAAUCUCUUCUUAGAGAUUUACUUCAGACAGUUACCACAACUCAAUUCGGUUGCUACUAAUGUCACACAUCUACUUUAUAGUGAGCCCGAGAGACUCAUUGGUAAUCACUCUGCUUUGGUUUGUGCUAUAGUAGUGUUAUGUGUUGCUCAAAGUAUUAUGGAUGGUGGGGCAAGUCGCCCUAUGAUCCGUUGGGCUAAAACUUUUUUAAAUCAAAUUGAAGAGAUCACCACACUCUCCAACGAAUUGUUUGAGUUCAUAUUUAAAACCGACAGAACUGCUCAGUUCGUAUAUUAG